GCCGAGGCGGCGCGCGGCGCUGACAGCUGAGUCGGCUCGCGGCCUCCCGCCCCCUCGGUGCCCGGCCCCGACCCUGGCCUGGCCUGCCCGGGAGCCAUGAGCCCCGGGCUGCUGCUGCUGCUCGGCAGCGCCGUCCUGGUCGCCUUCGGCCUCUGCUGCACCUUCGUGCACCGCGCUCGCAGCCGCUACGAGCACAUCCCCGGGCCGCCGCGGCCCAGUUUCCUUCUAGGACACCUCCCCUACUUUUGGAAAAAGGAUGAGGUUUGUGGCCGCGUGCUCCAAGAUGUGUUUUUGGACUGGGCUAAGAAGUAUGGCCCUGUCGUGCGGGUCAACGUCUUCCACAAAACCUCCGUCAUUGUCACGAGCCCUGAAUCGGUCAAGAAGUUCCUGAUGUCCACCAAGUACAACAAGGACUCCAAGAUGUACCACGCAAUCCAGACUGUGUUUGGUGAGAGACUGUUUGGCCAAGGCUUGGUGUCCGAAUGUGACUAUGAGCGCUGGCACAAACAGCGCAGGGUCAUGGACCUGGCCUUCAGCCGCAGCUCCUUGGUCAGCUUGAUGGAAACGUUCAACGAGAAAGCCGAGCAGCUGGUGGAGAUUCUGGAGGCCAAGGCAGAUGGGCAGACCCCGGUGUCCAUGCAGGAUAUGCUGACCUGCACCACCAUGGACAUCCUGGCCAAGGCAGCUUUUGGGAUGGAGACAGGCAUGCUGCUGGGUGCCCAGAAGCCUCUGUCCCGGAAGGUGAAACUCAUCCUGGAGGGGAUUACUGCAUCUCGCAACACUCUGGCGAAGUUUAUGCCAGGGAAGUGGAAGCAGGUCCGCGAGAUCCGGGAGAGCAUCCGCUUUCUGCGUCAGGUUGGCAAGGACUGGGUCCAGCGCCGCCGGGAGGCCCUGAAGAGGGGGGAGGACGUCCCUGCCGACAUCCUCACACAGAUCCUCAAAGCUGAAGAGGGGGCCCAGGACGAUGAGAUCCUGCUGGACAACUUCGUCACCUUCUUCAUUGCUGGCCAUGAGACCUCUGCCAAUCAUUUGGCAUUCACGGUGAUGGAGCUGUCCCGCCAGCCUGAGAUCUUGGCAAGGCUGCAGGCGGAGGUGGACGAGGUCAUCGGUUCUAAGAGGCACCUGGACUGUGACGACCUGGGGAGACUGCAGUACCUGUCCCAGGUUCUCAAAGAGUCGCUGAGGCUGUACCCCCCAGCGUGGGGCACCUUUCGCCUGCUGGAGGAGGAGACCUUGAUUGACGGGGUCAGAGUGCCCGGAAACACCCCGCUCCUGUUCAGCACCUACGUCAUGGGGCGUAUGGACACGUACUUUGAGGACCCACUGACUUUCAACCCCGAUCGCUUCAGCCCCAAAGCACCCAAGCCGAGGUUCACCUACUUCCCCUUCUCUCUGGGACCGCGCUCCUGCAUCGGGCAGCAGUUUGCUCAGAUGGAGGUGAAGGUGGUCAUGGCCAAGCUGCUGCAGAGGCUCGAGUUCCGGCUGGUGCCCGGGCAGCGUUAUGGGCUGCAGGAGCAGGCCACGCUCAAGCCGCUGGACCCUGUGCUGUGUACUCUGCUGCCCCGGGGCUGGCAGCCCGCACCCCCACCGCCCUGCUGAGCGGGCCUGGGCUGGAUGGGACUCCUCGGGCAAAGGCAUCACGCCCACACUCCUCUGCAACCCCACUGCCACCCACCCCGCUCCCUUGCCCCCUUCCUCAGGGGCACCCUCCACGCUGGCUCCCAAUGGGCCCCCUGCCAACCGCCACCUGCUUCGUACCUCCCCCUCCCCGCCAGAGCUCCGUGUCCCCUGCUAAUUCCAUGCCCUUCCUGGACUGGCCCCUGCCUGACUCCCAGCUGCCGCCCAGAUGUGCCGUCUCUUACCCCGAACCUCU